AUGUCUAACACAAACAACGAUUAUUUCAACAAACAAAGAGAUAUACUAAUUCAAGAAAUAUCAAACAACUUAUCUGAAGUCUUCACCAACUUGGAAACACUAAAUCGAUCAUUAAGCGAAAGUAUACAAAUUGGUAAAGAAUUUGAUGAUGUGGGAAGGUUAUGGCGCACCUUUUAUGAUGGGAUGAAUAAAUUGAAAAAUGAAACAAAAGCAGCGGAUAAUACGAAUCGAGAAGAUGGAGUAGAGGAGGAAGUUGAAAGGCGAGCCGGAGCUGAGUCCGAUUAA